GGGUGGGAGCAAGAUGGCGCCGUCGAACGUCCUGAGGUGUUGUCAACGGGUGGUCGGUUGGAUCCCUGUCAUUUUUAUCACGCUCGUUGUCUGUUGGUCUUACUACGCUUAUGUGGUAGAAUUAUGUAUCUUUACCAUCCAAAGCAUUGGGGAAAAAGUUGUAUACCUUGUGGUGUUCCAUCUGUCUUUUAUCAUGUUUGCGUGGUCCUAUUGGAAGACUAUAUUUACAUCACCAGCCAGGCCAUCAAAAGAGUUCAGCUUGAUAAAAUCUGAUAGGGAACAAUAUGAUCAGGAAGAGAGGCCAGAAACACAGCAAGAAAUUCUCAGAAAAGCUGCCAAAGAGUUACCUGUUUACACCAGGACUGCAAAUGGAGCCAUCAGGUAUUGUGAUCGUUGCCAACUAAUUAAACCUGACCGAUGUCAUCAUUGUUCUGCCUGUGACAUGUGCGUAUUAAAAAUGGAUCAUCAUUGUCCUUGGGUGAAUAAUUGUGUGGGAUUUUCGAACUACAAAUUUUUUAUGCUAUUUUUAGCAUAUUCUCUGUUAUAUUGUUUAUUCAUUGCAGCAACAGUACUACAAUAUUUCAUCAAGUUUUGGACACUUUGUCGCAGGAAAUCAUCAGUGAAUUGCCCUAAGGGUGAUCUGCCAGAUACACAUGCAAAAUUCCAUGUCUUGUUUCUUUUCUUUGUGGCGGCAAUGUUCUUCAUCAGUUUACUGUCACUCUUCAGUUACCACUGCUGGCUGGUUAGCAAAAACAGGUCUACAAUAGAGGCUUUCCGAGCACCUGUUUUUCGAAAUGGUCCUGACAAAAAUGGAUUUAGUCUUGGAGUUACCAAAAAUAUAAAACAGGUGUAUGGUGAUCAAGUAAAAUAUUGGCUGCUGCCUAUUUUUACAAGCCUAGGUGAUGGGUGUUCUUAUCCAACGCGCCUGGUCAGCCAAGAUGUAGAGCAACCGAAUACAACCAACCACAGUGAAUCAGCUAAAAACAGUACAGAUGGACAGUCACUUCCUCCGAGACCACUGAGUGAAUCUCAGAACCGAUUGUUAGGAGGGAAUGAUCUACAGUGGGUGGAUGAAGAGUCAGAAGAUGCUUCAAAGGCAUUUGCAGUUCCAAACCAAAAUGUUUCAGUUGACCAGGAACCUACAAAACGUUUGACGUAGCAAAGUACCAGAUGUUAAAAUCAGAAUGCUGCUCACUUCUCUUGAAGAAACUGUUGGAUGUGUGAUACUGAUGACCAACUUCUGCAUCAAGAUUUUAUGUGCUAUGAAACAGUCAUUAACAGUAAUACCACUAUGUUGAGAAAGGCAAUGCAUUUAAAAUUACCAUAGCUUGUUGCCUUAAAUGAUAACUUUUUGCUUAGUGUCUGUCCACUGACACUCUGAUAGGUGAUACAAAUGUAGGAUGGGCUCUGGAUUGUCUGCUGCACAUGAACAGCUCACCAGAUAAUAAAACUGAAUAUAAUUUGUAUCCUGUAACACAAUAGUCUUAGAGUAGGUAGCUUGUAAUUGUGACUUGAAAUAUCCAAUCACACUGCUAUAUUUUGGUUAUUUGAUUGGCUGUUCAGAUGUGUGUAAUCUAGCACGAGUUGACUUUUACCUCUGCCUAUUACCAGGCUAUAAUGUUAUAGGAAAUAAAAGGCACUGAAAGGAAUUGUUCUAGUAAUAACAUUUUAAUAAGCAAUAUAUAAACCAGAUCCAACAUAGAGAUGGGAUGCAAGAUCCUAAACUUUAGAAUAAUCAUGCACUAUACCUGCAAGGAUCUUAAAAUUAUAAGUGACUACAAGCUAUAACAUUAAAUCAAAUGCUGAUGCAGGUUUGUAUUUUAAGCAAAAGCCAAUAAUGUUUGAGGGGGUGUGCUAUUAUCUUAAAUUUAUGCAAGAAAUUUUGGAAAACAGACUUUCUGCACUAAUGUUUGAUGUAUUUGUAUGUAUAUUAAUCAGAGCUGCUGUGCACCAAAGAGCAGUUACUGUUUAUGAAACACAUAUUUAUUAUUGCUCUGAAUGAACAGUGGUUUACAAAUGCCACGUGGUUUUAGUUUUCCUUUUUUUAUAUGUUAUCAAGAUCACUAAUUAUCAAGAUUACUAGUUGUCUUUUUAUAUAUAUAGUAAAUGAACUUUUUUAUUAAUUUACAUAGUUCUAGUCAUUCAUAUAUAGUUAAUAACUUCCUAAAGAUAACAAUUAAUUUAGACAUAAAUUUGAAAUGGAUUGGGAAGGUGGUGUUGAUUAAAAUGUAUUUUAACAGAUAAUAGAAUUCAUGAUUCAACUUUUCAAUAUCUUGAAAAGUGGAUGGAAACUCUACUGUGUUCACCAUGUACACCUUAUGAACACUGUAAUUGUCAAAUAUAAAAAAGCUGCAAUCUAGGACAACCAAACAAAAUGUAUACAUCAGAAUUAAAAUUUGAAAAGAGGCAGAUUCUAAUUCAAACACAUUUGGCUUCUAUAGGUAAUUCGUAAAUUAUUUAAUGGGUUGUCUUCUGCAAAUUUUACCUUGGAUUAAUAUUUGCAGUGUCUAAAUAAGAAAGUUCAUAAAAGAAAUGGAAGAAUCAAUCAUUGAACAUAUUCUCAACUUCUGUGUUUUUUAUACCAUAACCACGAUAAAUGAAUGUAUUUUACAAUCACAGUAAUGUAUGUUUGCAUAACUUUGACAUUGAAUUUUUUUACCUUAAAAUUUUUUUCAUCAGGGUUUAGAUACAUUCUGUAGCCACAAAUGUGUUACUAAACUAAAGUUUUUGCUAUGAUAAUACUUACUAUUGUAUGUAAGCUCUGUGACAUUAAACUGAAAAAUGAUUUGCAGUCAUGAAAUCUAUUACAGUAUUAAGCUAAUGAGCAAUUUUAUCAAAGAAAAGAUAACUAUAUAAGAAUGCAACAUUAAUAUCAGGUCAACAGUCAAUGUUGUAUUGAUGUUUACCAAUGGAUUAUCCAAAUAUGUUGAUAGUGUUUGAAUAUAGUUUAAUAUAAAUUGAAAUAUAAAUGAAGUGCACUGCAUAUAGCUUUAUCAGCAUCUUUUUGACUAUUUUGUGCUGAUGAUUUAUGGAAUUUGAGUAUAGCCAUGCUGAAUUAACAUUGGUUUCAGUUAUAAACAAAAGGAAAAUGUAAUCAAAUUAAAACCAGCAGACAUGGCUAAAUUACAUUUUCACUUAGCAUGAUAUGUAUUGGAGUUGUAUAAUUUAUCUUUGUCCAAAAAGCAGGCACAUAUCAUAUGCUUGCUUUGCACUAUUUUCUGCAACCUCUACACUAUUCAUAUAUUGCAAUUUUUUAUUUUGAUCAGUCAGUCUUGUCAGUUAAUGCAGAGAAUAAAUAAAAC